UUCUACAAACGCCGAAUUCUUUAACUUCAAUGCACGUUUAACACGACAAAAUUGUAUUUUUUUCAUAGUUUUUUUCUAUUGGUUUUAUUUGAAGUGCACACUUUUACAGUGCUUUUGCAUGAAGGCAUGAUUUGGAAUUACAAUGCCGAGUUCAGUGCAAUGAAAUUGUUCAAUAUUACGGACUAACACCGACCAAACACAAUUUUUGGUUCUUUGGACCACUUUUCUUUUUUCAAACGCGAUUCGCGUUCUAAAUUCAGCAGCGGUAAUCGAUAUUUAAUUGUUUGCUAGGCAACACGUAACAGUGCAAGCACGGCAUGCCCUUAGAUUUUACAUUAACCAAACGACUUUUAUGUAUUGUAUUUGUAUUGUGUUUGAUCUAUUGGUUGAAAUAUAGUGUUUUAUUCAUUGACGAUUUGUAAAAGAAAGAGUAAAACAAAGCUACGCUUCUAUUAGAAUAGAGCUUAGAAUAGAUUUGAUUUGAUUUUGGUUGGCAUUUGCAUUAAUUGGGUGUUCAAAUGACACGGAAAGUAUCAUACUUUUACCAUCCGGAUGUGGGCAACUUCCACUAUGGACCCGGCCAUCCCAUGAAACCGCAUCGACUGUCGAUGACUCACAGCUUGGUCAUGAACUACGGCCUGCAUAAAAAGAUGAAAAUCUACCGUCCAUACAAAGCCAGCGCUCAGGAUAUGCUGCGAUUCCACAGUGAAGAAUACGUUGAAUUCCUGCAACGAGUCACACCGCAAAAUAUUCAAGCGGUUGGUUACACGAAAUACCUGUCACAUUUCAGCGUUGGUGACGAUUGUCCCGUAUUCGAUGGUUUAUUCGACUUUUGCGCUUUGUAUACUGGCGCAUCAUUGGAAGGUGCUCAAAAAUUGAAUCAUGAUCACAGCGACAUUUGUAUCAAUUGGUCAGGUGGAUUGCAUCACGCAAAGAAAUUCGAAGCUUCAGGUUUCUGUUAUGUAAACGACAUUGUCAUCGGAAUAUUGGAGCUAUUAAAAUAUCAUCCACGUGUAUUGUACAUUGACAUCGAUGUGCACCAUGGCGACGGCGUUCAAGAGGCAUUUUAUUUAACGGAUCGCGUGAUGACAGUAUCGUUUCACAAAUACGGGAAUUGGUUUUUCCCAGGUACGGGUGAUAUGUAUGAAAUAGGCGCAGAAACCGGACGCUACUAUUCGGUGAAUGUGCCGUUGAAAGAGGGCAUCGAUGAUUUGAGCUACUAUCAAGUAUUCAAGCCGGUUAUAUCGAACGUAAUGGAAUUCUAUCGGCCAACCGCAAUCGUAUUGCAAUGUGGUGCUGACUCGUUGGCUGGCGAUCGAUUGGGUUGCUUUUCGCUCAGCAGCAAAGGGCACGGUGAAUGUGUGAAUUUUGUGAAGGAUUUCAAUGUGCCAACACUUGUUGUUGGUGGAGGCGGCUAUACACCCAGAAAUGUGGCCCGUUGUUGGGUAUACGAAACAUCAUUGCUAGUUGACGAACAAAUUUCAAAUGAAAUCCCCAUGAAUGACUAUUUAGAAUUCUUUGCACCUGAUUUCACAUUGCAUCCCGAGAUCCCAACGCGACAAGAGAAUGCAAACAGCAAACAAUAUCUCGAUAUGAUUAAUCGAUAUGUUUACGACAAUUUGAAAAUGUGUCAGCAUGCGCCGAGUGUUCAAAUGUACAAUAUCCCAGAGGAUGCGCUACCACCAGAAGAUGAACGAACACAAGAUGAGCCCGAUCCAGAUGUUCGAAUCAGCCAAUCAGAUGAAGAUCGUGCGGUCGAACCACGAAAUGAAUUCUACGAUGGCGAUCAGGACAACGACAAAAUGGACUCGGAAAGCUAAAUUUUACAUUUUAAUUGAUUUUAAUUCUAAUCAUUAUAAGCAGAAAUAAAAUAAAAAAGAAACGAAAUAGUAUGGAAA